AUGGAUGCGGAUCAUCCAUGCGGAUCAUCUAUGGGAACUACGCCUCGCGUCCGGCCGAGAGAUUUCGUCGCCAAGUCUUCAUCCGCCCGACCACAGCGGUCGACCACGCAUCCGUCCGGUCACGAUCGACCCGAUCGAUCCGACUGGCCACGACCCUAUCCGGCCGAUCGUCCCGACCGACCGUCCCAACGCCGCGGUCGACCCGAAGCCCGUUUUGAAGCCCGAUUUCAUAUUUUCAAGGCCCGGCUUAACCCUAAGCCGCCUCAAAAGACCUAG